GAUGUUUGUUUCCUUCGCGUAAUGUGUGAUGUUGCAUUACAUCGUAGAGUAAUAUUACCGGAGUAAUAUCACUCGCAUUACUUACACAUGUCUACAACCUAACCCAUUCAUCAGCCCGCUGUAUUUCUCCCCAAAUCUUCUCAGGAAAGCUAUGCAGACCACCAGUAAUAUUUCCUUCGUUAAACGAAUAUCAUUUCAAUCCUUUAUCGUUCUCUGUUCCAAAUUAGUAAAAUGUAUAAGUUUACGUUCACUGGCGUGUGGGAAGUGUGCAUGGGUAAAUCUCACCAACCUACCUUUCUAAUGUGAUCCUGCCUAUUUACUUGCCUAAUCAUUUGUUAUUAACUUAUAAUUUCCGCGAUUUAAAUUUCAUUUUGAAAUAGUGUGAUGUUUUAUUUCCCUCGUUUACUUAAUAUUAUUUUAGAUUAAACAUAUAAUAAUGGUGGCAUAUUAAUUCUAAGUUUAAGUGAAAGUGUACAAAUGUGGGAUAAUUAAACAAAGCUACUGUACGUGGCUUCCCGUGUACGUGUCUAGAAGCUCUCGAAAUCUUCGAGAAAGCUACCUGAAGUCUCUCAGUAAAUUCCAGAAGUUUUGGAACAAUCGUAUGUUAAGGAGGUGAUUAACAUACAGACAAAAAGAAAAAUCUAAGCCGUCAUUUCAAACAAAGCAUUUUAUAAUAAAACGGGAAAGAAGCUUAGAUAGGUUGUACGACCAUGCGAGCGUUGGCUGUGAAACAGUUAAGAAAAAAGUGUCAAACCAGACAGUAGACAGAAUUGUUUAAACUUCAACAAACUCGUGGUUCAUUCGUUUUGUUUACAAAAUUAACAUGCUAAUAUCUAAAAAGUAUCUGUAAAUCAAUUGUGAUAAAGGAACUUAAACUUGCUAACAAUGAGUCAAAUCUUGGAGAAACUAAAAAACGUAGAUCCAAACGAUGUUGACGCGGUCAAAGAAGCUUUGUCCACGUUCUUCCAGAAUAUUUCUAACUGGACUUUGGUGGAUAAUACGAGAUGGUUGAAUGCUUUAGAGAACGUAUUGCGCCGGUUUCCAAAAUUCUGUUCUACACAUCGUACAACAACAGAAGAUUAUUUAGUGAAAUUUUUAGACUCUCACAAUCACAGUAGCGUAAUAAAUUCAGCUAAAUGUGCACAUAUUCUACAACAGGUGCGACCUUCACAAGACAAAGGAGCUACAAGCAAAGCAUGCUGGCGUGAACAGAUGAAUAUACUAUGUAAAGCAGCCAAUGAUCUUGUUGAAGUCAUAUUUAGUAAUUCCCUGAAUAUUUAUAAAAACAAUGAUAAAUUAGAGAGUAGACCAAAAAUCUUAGCAGGCACUCCAUUGGCCGAAGCAUUGAGUUACAUAACGAAAACAACCAAUCUUGGCACCAAUGAACAUAGAAUGGCAAUACUAACCAACAGACUUAGAAAUGUGUUUGUGUUCAUACAGGCCAUGCUUGUUGAAAUUUAUCCUGUGGCUAAGCCUAUUCAGCCUCAGAUUAUCCUACAACUGAUCCUACAAUCGCUUAGUGUGUCAAGUGAUAUGAACAGUGCUGUGGAUGUUGCUUCUAUAAAAAUUGAAGCUUUGAGAACACUAGACGCUCUUGUUGCGUGCUUGGGGCCUAAUCUUAUUCCAUUUUCGGCGCUUGUGUUCCGUUUUCCAAUGCAAAGCCUAAGAUGGAGUUUUGACAAUCAAAGUGACGAGUCUGGUAAAGUUCGAUGUGCAGCUUACAGUAGUCUUACAAGAUGGUUGAACGUCUUACACGUACACAAACUGUCACACGAAACAAGGGGUAAAACGUGGGAAGACGAACUCACUGGUUACAUAGUUGAAGAUUUAACACCGCCAAUGAAAACUGUGCAGUUAACUAUGAAUGCUCAACCAACGAAGAAUUUGAGUAAGAAAGCAAGAAAGAAAUUGGCAAAGACAAUGCUGCAGGAAAGUACGAUGGCCAGUCACAUGCCAGGCGAGAAAAAUAAAAUUGUGAUAUCUGAAGAAGUAAGCGAUGAAGUAGCAAUAGCGGCAUUGGAAUGUGGGGAAACUUUCCUCGCUGUUUGUGGUAUAUUCCUGAAACCUAGCACACACAGAAUAUUCCAAGAAUGUUUAGUCAAAGAAUGUUACAACAUUAACAACUACAGUACAGAACGUGGUUUACAUUUAUUACGAACAUUAGAAGUUGGACGUAAAUCUAUUCCGUCGUCGGUACCGCCUCCUACACAAUACUGUUUGCAACUCUACAGUAACUUACUACACACAACAAAUUCUAGGAUCGCCAAGUUUUGUUCUCAAGCACUACUGGACAUAAGAUUGCAUUUGCACUGUUCCCCACCCUCACUUAAUUUUGCUCUAGAGAGACGUCUUGAAGACAACAGAGCUAAUAGAAAAGAUAAAAGAAAAAGAUUGUCAGAAAAAAAUAGAGCCGUUUUAGAAACUCUUUUAGGGCAUGACAGAAUACCAUCAAAUGAAAUCGAAGAAGUUAUUAAUAUAACUGAUGAACCAGUAACCAAAAAGCAUCGAAUGGAUGAUGGUGCCACUGACCAAAUAAGUCUCAGCAGCUGUUCUGAUAGAUCUAUAGAAAUCAGUGAUGAUUCGGAUGCUGCAGAAAACACAGUCCAAGAAGUACAAGUUGUUAUUGAGGAAGUGAAACAAAUUGAAGAGGAAAAUAUUGUAUCCCUCGAACCAAUCGUCGAAGAACAUUUGGGUUCGGAAGAACAAAUUCAAGAAUCCAAACCAGAAAAAGAAAACGAUGCAAUCAGUACUGAAGUGGAUACUACUGAUGUUGAGAUAACCGAUUUUUGUAAAAAUAAUAAAACUGUUACACAAGCCUCUAAUGAAGUUGAAACUAUAUUUGAAGCCAAAACACAAAUGCCGCUGAACAAAACAACAGGAAAUGUGGAUGAUCAAGAAGAGCCAUUGUCUAUGGAAGUUGGAUAUGAUUAUUCUAACACUGUAAAAGAAACUAUAACUAUCUUAGACAAAACGGAUGAAGAUAAUAUGCAAAGCUCUGCUGACUUAGAUGACAUACAAAUUACUUGUGGACAACAGGUUACUAUCUCACAAGAUGAAAAUGAUAAAGCUGAUCAAGAUAUAAUUAAAGACGUCAAGAGUAGUGAAGAUAUUGAUAAUGAUAUUCCUAUAGAAAAUGGUAUUGAUAAAUCACAUGAAAAGAUUAUCGAAAAUGGUGUUAUUCAUGAUCCAUCCAAUGUUUCUGAAGAUGUAGCUAUAUUAAAUACGAAGGAAAUUACUGUCGAAGAUAUGCUUGCUGAUUUCGUCGAUGAGGUGAAUGAAGACAAUAAAACCGAGUCAUGAAAAUUUCCAACAUAAUAAAAAUAAGCUUUGGUUUAUUUUGCACUUAAUUUAAAAUAUUUUUAUACUUGAUUUUGAUGUAUAUGAUUGUGCUAUACCAAUAAAUGUGGAAAAUAAUAAUACAAA